AUGGCGGCAAAAGUUGUGCAAGACGAGAAACCUACGAAGAAAGUUGUUGUUGUAGGAGGUGGAUUGGUAAGGAUCUCUCGGAGUGUUCUUGGAGUGUUUUGAUGGCAAGUGGAGAUCUAGCGGAAAUUGUGCUCAGUUGAAUUUGGUUUUGGUGCAGCCUGUAACUCAAUCAAUGCAUGCUUUCAUGGGUAGUGCGUCUUUCAUGCGUUUGAAUUAGGUAAUCUGAACACAUUGCAGAUUUCAUUCGCCUUUCUUUCGCGUAGAGCAUAAAAAUGAUGAGGUAAAUGAGCUAAGAGAAAAAUGGUUACGAUUUCUUUAAAUCGAUGGAAAUAACUUAUGCAUAGACAAAAAGCGCUUUGUGUAUAAAUAUGCGUUAUUGACUGAGCGUAGUAUCUAUGCGGCCUGGGACGUUAAUUAUGGCUUGGGCCUAAUUAUAAGAUAAAGAGCGAGACCGAUAUUUAGAAACAUUUAUCAAACAUGCUUGGUCAGUGAAGGAUUUACUGAAUGGCGAAAAGAUCACUCUAAAAAAAAAAUUUACCUACUAAAUUCUCUAAACUCAUAGUGGUUUUCUUUGAAAUGUUUUGACGUUGCAAAGACGUUUUGAUUCAGUAUUUUCCAAAACUGCUGGAAAACAUUCCUCUCUGUUAACUUCAGAAAGUUGCUUAGGAGUUAUGAUCAUAGAAUGUGAACUAACUACAAGCACUGUUUAAGUUUUGAGUGAUCAAAGCAAGCAAUGUCAAUCAAGCUUAAUAAUGGAUUCACUUGUGGGGGAGGGGGGCGGAACUUGGGUCAGUUUUUACCGGGUAUGUGUUGCUCGUCUCUCAGAACCCCUACCCCUACCCCGACCCCAUUGUAGUCUUUUCUGUCAUCAAUCAUAUACUCCAUCGCAGUCACUUUUUGAGCAAGUGCAAUUUCCACAAUCUCAACCUAUUCACUUGGUCAUUUAAGCUUGUCAGCAUGUAAAGCCCACAGUAUGAUGAAUAUUUACUAAUGUAAGAUUACAUGGGAGCAUUUGUUUGUUUUUUUUAAUUUUGAAAGUAUAAUCUUGCAGGCAGGUGCCUUGAUUGCAGUGUACCUUGCAAAACGUGGGUUUAAAGUAGAUGUGUUUGAAGCUCGCAAAGGUGAUUUUCAAGUUAGUUUUGAUUCUGUAGGUUCAGUAUUGGAAGGAAGGGGGGGAAGACGUGUGCUUAGUGUGUCACUCUCUUUUGAACCCUUUCAACCCCAAGAUCUCACUAGUAAUUCUCCAAAGUGCCUGUUAUACAAUUCUUAUGACUUUAGUUUGGAGAAUUUGGUAUUGGAAUUUGGAAGAAUUUUUUUCUUUAUUCUCGUUACUUGUCAGCUUGAUAUUGUUUUGAUGAUGUAAAGAGAGUUUAUAUGUGGUCACUCCUGGUAGUGACAGGGUUUAGAAUUUGGGCCAGGAAUUAUCAUGAUUCAAAAUGUUGAAAACUAAAACUACACUUCCAACUUGAGACUUGGAAAUCAUAUCCUGGUGAGUGGGAUGUACCAUUGAAGGCCUGGUAAGGGCGUCCACUCACUUUUCAGUUUUGUAUGAAUUGAUUUAUUCCAAGGGGCAAACAGAAACACAAGGCUGGGAAGGUAACAAUCUUAGUCCCUUUCUAUGAUAUGCUUUGCAUUAAACCCUGUGGCUAAGCAGAGCCAUUGUUGUAAGAUAAGAAAAUAACAAUAUGAAUAAUCCAGCUAGAGAUAAAUUCUGUAAAGUGGAUUAAAAACAGCAUGCUCUGGAAGAUUGAGGAUUGUCAAAAGAAGUUGAAAAGCAGAGAAAAUCACUGCAACAUACUUUUCCUUGAGUUAUAUGAAUGGGGUGCCUCUCCUUUGAUUUAAAACUAAACAUCUUGUUUCACGGAUUUUUAAAGAUAUGUCUUUUGGAUAUUUAGAUCCUCGCAAGGAGGUGGCCCAAAGAGGUAGAAGUGUCAAUCUUGCACUCUCUGUCAGAGGAAUUGAAUCAUUACGAGCUGUGGGAGCAGAAGGCCUGGUAAUACUGAAGUAUUGAAGACAGAGAAUAACACAUUUAUGAUAAUGAGCUAUCUAUAAGUUCCUGAAAAAAAAAAAUUUUUCUCAAGCAUAAUUGCCACAGUGGAACUCUAAAUAAUACUAAUUGUGAAACAUUUGUCACUGGUAUAGAACAGUGGUAAAUCUGAGUUCUCUGAAAGGACAAAUGUAAUUUCUCCCCUGUAGGAUCACCCCUCAAUCAAACUUUAAGGUUCUGAGAAAUAAAAAAGAAGUGAUCACAAGCUUAAGAAGCUUGAAGUGUUUACCUUACAAUUAGCUCUUGAUUAUUGAAAAAUUCUCCCUAGUCAGUACUACAGGAGUUUCUGUAGAACAGAAUGGAGAAUAUGUAUACUGAUGUAAGGGUUUAAAGGAUUCAACUGAUAGAAUCAGUAUACAACAUUGAAAUGGUAGGAAAUGAGUGAUGUUUAAAGCAUUGCGAAUAACUUUAAUUCUUCCUUCAAUUUUUACGUUCUUCAUUCUCUAGGUUAUGGCACUUGGCAUCCCUAUGCAUGCCCGUAUGAUUCAUUCUCAUAGUGGAAACACAACACCCAUUCCAUAUGGAAAGAAAGGACAGGUUAGAACAGAAGUUUAUGUGUGUUUAGCCCUUUGACACUUAAGAGUAACUAGCAUCUAGUUUCUCCUUAGAAUGUCACCCCUGAACCACAUAUUAAGGUAAGGAGAAUAAAUGAUAUGAUCACCAAGUAGAGAGGCUCUUUAUUAUUUAACAAAUUCUCCUUGUCAGCACCAGAGGAAAAUGUAGAUAACAGUAUGAAGAAUAUACCAGUGGCAGAUCCAGACCUUGAGCUAAGGGAGGGAAGUACCUGGUUUUUUGUUGCUUCAGCCUUGCCGGCUUUUCUUCCUUCUACGAUUCUUUUUUCUUUUACCCAAAAUAAGGGUGGGGCUGGGGCCCCUCGGGCCCUUCCUCACCUUUGUAUGCAUACUGAUUUUGGGGUACGAAGGGUGAAAGAUAUUCUCAACAUCCAUGUGUAUUGUUUCUUGAGCUCACUGAUUAUCAAUUAUAGAUAGAACACACUUUUUUUAUCUAUUCAGCAUCUAUUAUCAGUUGAAAGGCAGAAGCUGAACAAUGAUCUCCUCACAGGUAAGAAAGUUUGGAUCAGGGCUAGUAUCUGAGUGCACAUACCCCAGAACAGUCUGGAAAAAGUGAAUACUAAUGUUUUGGUGCAAGGAAUGAAUGGGGAAAAACCUUAAAGACGAAAAAAGUUUUGUUCAUUCUGUCUUCUUAAUUCACUGAUUUCCUAUAACUGGUACUGUUGGUAAAGUACUCUUUCUGGCCUGUGUUGGUUCAGUUGCAGAAACUUACCCAGACGUUCGCAUACACUUUGAGCACAAACUUAUUGCUGCUGAUAUUGAAGGAGGCCAUCUUACCUUCAAGUGGUAGGAGUCACAUUUGAUACAUUUGCUUGUGUGUCUCAAACAGUUAAAAGAUAUUGCAGGAAUGACUGAGUCGCCAUCUGGAUGAUUUGUUUACAGCAAAGGAAAUGAUGACAAAAAGUUAGAAGUUGAUGCUGACAUUAUUUUGGGCUGUGAUGGAGCGUACUCCGCAUUAAGAAGAGAGCUCAUGAGAAGACCAAGGUGAGGGAUGCAAGGCAUUCUUUAGUGCAAAUUUCAAUUGUGUGUUGUAAUAAAUCUGGGUAGAUGUACAGGGAUACAACAAUGAGAAUAGCAAAUGGCAAAAUUUGAGGGCCUGUGUGAACUGAACUUUUAGAGAAGGACAAGAUGGUGGUGUGAGUGGUUUUAACCCUUUGAUCCUGGAGAGUGACUAGCAUCUAAUUUCUCCUUGCUUUAUCACCCCUGAAUCACUCAUUAAAGUCAUGAGAAUACAGGAAAUGAUCACCAACUAAAGAAGCUUGUGAUUGUUAAACAAAUUCUCUUUGUCAGCAUCUUAGGAAAGGUAUGGAACCCAGUAUGGAGAAUAUACAUACUGAUGUUAAGGUGUAAGGAUUAAGAGAUGACAUAAAUUGAGGGAAAUAUUAGAAAUAGGGAUAGAUUCAUGUAAGAAAUGUGAAAAAAAAAAUUGUUAUUUUCUACUUCAUACAUGAAUGUUUGGAUUGAGAGAGUGCUUAUGCUUGCUUAUCUUUUCUGUCUGGUUUACAGGUUUGAUUUCAGUCAAGAAUAUAUUCCUCAUGGUUAUAAAGAGCUUUGCCUUGCCCCAACUAAGGAUGGAGAGGUUUAAGAUGUCUUUUUACCAUUUACUCCACAUUAAAUAACAAAGAAAGAUGAUUGAUAUAUUUAAGACAUGCAGGGCUACAAGAUGCCAACAUUUGGGUUUCACUGAUCUUUGUCAUCUAUGUUCCCAGAAAAUUCAAUCUUAAUGUUGAAGUGGUUAUGAAACAAUCUCAGUGUAUUAUUUUUUUAUUAUUAUGCAGUUUGCCAUGGCAGUGAAUUAUUUACACAUCUGGCCAAGACAGACAUUCAUGAUGAUAGCUUUACCAAAUCAGGUAGAAAAUAAGUUGAUGAUUUGGGGUUACUCAAUAUCAGAUAAUCCAUCCGAUGAUUGUUUAACAGUACCCAAUAAUACUCCUUAUUAUAUAUUUAACUCACUAUCUCUUUUCUGAUUGGCUGAGAGCUCACAGUGAAUUUUGAAAUCAGCACCUGGGACCUCGUCAUCUAGCUACAGAUUAUACAAUAAUCAUGUUGAGGACAUUCAAGGUCACGAGUAAUCAUGUCAUGCAUGACUGCAGUGCAUUAUUUCUAAGGGUAAUCAUGUCAAGUUCUUGCUUUGGGUUGCUUGCUGAUCUGUAUAUUCUUACUUGUUUAGAAAUAUAUUUGCAGUUCCACUUACUAUUGUGACCAUUCUGUGUUUUUUGUUUUGGUUUUUUUUCGUUCAAUGUAUAAUUAAACAAUUAUUGGAUUCAGUUUUUGUGAUAUCCAGAAUAAUCAAGGUCUCAGUAAGGGUUAUCAGUCUUCAGCUUCGGCUGAUAACCCUUACCUCAACUUUGAUCAUUCUGGAUAUUGCAAAAAACCUCAACCAAUAACUGUUUAUUAACUGAGAUAGGCCUUGCAAUUUAAGAGAAAGUUUUCUUGUCUAAGAUCACGUCACAAGACUUGGCUUGUGAUCUGGUGUUUGCCACAAAUUGUCAUUGAGCAAAGAAAAAAAUGAUACUGAUGAUAAAUCUGCCUAAAACUGCUCCAUUGGUCAUAUAACGAUCAGAAGUAGCUUUAUAUUCAGGGUGUCAAAGAGUAUUUUAUUAGUAUUUUAUUAGUAUUUUUUCUAGAUGGUUAUCAAUGAUUUAUAAUAUAUAUGAUUUGUUUUCUAUUUAAUGGUAAGUAAUCAUUUUUCCUUAAGGAUAAAUCCUUCACUUGCACACUGUUCCUACCAUUUGACCAAUUUGACAAGUUGAAAACAAAGGUAACAUUUUCUUAUUGAAUAAAGUGAAUUUUAAUUUAGACAAAUGAUUCUUAAUGUGUUUUGUGGUUUUUCUGUUUUGCAUCAAAACAUGUUAACCCUUUAACUCCCAUGAGUGACCAAGACAGAAUUUCUCCUUACAAUUCAAUACAGUAUUAAGCAGACAAGUGAUGAGAAUAAAGAACAAUCUUAAUUAGGGGAUUAUAUAUCGAUUUUUAACAUCAAAGAACUAAACAGUGAGAAUUACAAAUGAGAUCUUGGGAGUUGCUGGGAGGGAGCUAAGUUUCUAAAGAAAGAUAAUUUGGUUUUAUUAAACUGAGAAUUUGGUUUUAUUAACUGAGUUGAUAAUGUAAAUUGGCCACCAUUAAGAGUUUAAAAGCUGAUGUUUUGGGUGUUAGCCUUUUGUCAGAGCAAACGGCAAUGAAGACAUAGACUAGCAUUAGAUUAUAAGCUCUCAUGGUGGACAAUUUACAUCAUUAACUGAGUUAAUAAAACCAAAAUUAUCUUGUUAUCUUUUUCUUUAUUUAGCUCAGCUGCUAUUUUAUUGAUUUGAAAUAUUAUUGAUUGAUCUUUCCAUUUGUUGUUUUUAGGAUGAUGUCCUGAACUUUUUUGAUGCAGAGUUCCCAGAUUUCCUGAACCUCAUGGGAGAGUAAGUUUUUGGCCCUUUCACUCCCAAGAUCUCAUUAGUAAUUCUCCUUACUGUCUGCCAUUCAGUUCAUAUGAUGUUAGUUUGGAGAAUUUGGGAUCAGUUGGACUUAAUCCCCUUAUCAAUACUUUUCUUUGUCAUGGACUAGCAUCCCAUCCAGGGGGGAGAAGUGAUACUCCUAGUUGCUCCAUGCUGGUUGGAAACCAGGAUAAGCUUGGCUGGGUGUGCCAAUAGGCUCCCAAGUACAGAUUUAACUCUUUUACUUAUGAACUAUUGCCUAUGUAUCUCAUGUAAUUUCAUGUGUUUCCAAGUUAUAGUACAUGUAAGUAUGUCACAGGUCUCUUUUUUUCUUCAAUACCUUGUUAAUGAAAAGUUUUGGGUUGGUAAGGACAGUCUUUUUUAACCAGACCUUCUAUGGUUAAUUUAGGGAGAUAUGAACUUACUUUUCAAAUUUGUGUGUAUCUGUACUUUUUAUUUUACCAGAGAAAAACUGUUGGAAGAAUUUUUCAGAAAUCCGACUGGUCCUAUGGUAUCCAUUAAGGUAAAAUUUAAAUGUUCCUCUUUUGUUGGGGUGCAUUAUGCUUAGUAUUGAAGAAGUCCUCCUAGAUAAAUCAAUUUUUGUCAAAGUGAAUAACCCCCAUGAAAAUUUGGAGCCUGAAUGUGGCCUGAUGUGACCUGGACAUAAAAAUUGUGUGGCUUUCAGCUAAUGAGCUGGACAAAUGUUAUGCUCUCAUUCGGGCCAGGACCAGCUGGACAAGGCUAAUAGGAGUUGGGCAAGAGCAAGGCAAAAGCCAGACAAAGCUGAAUACCUCUUCACAUUUUUAAGUCAAAUAUUACAUGCUCCUUUGUAAGCCAUGUACCAAGUCUAUGAGUUGAAAGUGGCUCUUGUUACCACUACAGUACAAUUAAACAUAAUUUUCACAUUUAUAAGUGUGGUAGACUAACAUUUUAGGUUGAGUAAGUUGAUUCCUUUCAAAUUAAAUGACCUUGUCAUUUCUAGUUGCUUGUUUUUGUUUGUUUUUUUCCUUACAAUUUUUUCUUUUUAUUAGUGUAAGCCCUACCAUGUUUCUGACAAACUUGUGAUUAUUGGCGAUGCCGCUCAUGCAAUGGUUCCAUUUUAUGGUCAAGGAACGAAUUGUGUAAGAACAAAAAGUUACAAAAUAAGUGUAGGAUUACUGAAUUAUUAAAUUAUCAAUAAGGGUUUCUGUUUGCUAUUGAUUUUCAAGGCGACUUUUCUAACGAAUCUUUUCAUAUUUGAGUCCAAAUUGUAUGCUGCAAAGAUUGAUUUACAUGAAAGGAAAGGGUAGGGAUAAGAGGGAGCAAAUUUCAUCUGUCAUCUUAAGGAGAUGCAAUGCAUCUUGCCAUGUCAUGCUAAUCUACAGCAAUAAAAAAGGUUAAGUCUAUACUGGAGCUAAGUGGCCAUCCCAGCCAGAGCUUAUCCCAGUUUCCUUAGCAUGAUGCAUUUACAAGUAUCACCACUCCCUUUCCACCCCCCUGGAUGGCAUGCUAGUCCAUUUCAAGGUUACCCCCAAGUAUUUCAUCAGACUUCCCAGACAACUUACCAGUAUUCAUUUGUAAUCUCAGGUGGAGAUAGGCACUAUGAAAGGGAUGUGUUUUUCCCAAGAACACAACAAAUUCAUAUUUACCAACAGCCCCAGGUUUUGUCACCUCGUCUCACAAUCUGCAAUAACAGGAACUCAUAAACUUGUUUUCUAGACAAACUGACACUCACAUGGAAGGUUGCUCUCAAAGGAAGCAAUAAUUAGAAUUAUAAUUCACAAAUAUUCUCAUUUUCUUUCUUUCAGGCAUUUGAGGAUUGUCUGGUACUUGAUGGAAUACUAGAACAACAUAAUAAUGACUUUGGUUAGUGCUGAGUUUUCUUAUUUUUUUUUAAUAAUUUAUGUGCCAUUACAGGAAAUGGUUUGAACUGGGGGGUAACAUGUGAUGGUGUAGUCUGAUUUUUUGGGUGGGUGUAGUCCUGAGAAGGACUGUUGUUGGUAGAGGUUUUGACAACCUGAGCAGAGGUUGUCAUCAGAGUUAGUGACUUCAUAGUGACUGAAGAAGAUUACUUCCGCUCAGGUUGUUGAAAUGUCAGUCAUCACUACGGACAACAGUCUUUCUCAGGACUACACUCACCCAAACAAUCAGACUACACUAUCACAAUUUAUUUGCCAUUGACAAUUCUUUUCAAAUUCACAGUCCCACCAAACUACAUAACAAAAAGUACUACUCAAAGAUUUGUAGUAGCUUUAACCUUGUAGAACUAACUGUUAAGUAAUUGUAUUACAUGUGUUCCAACAUCACCAUAUUGUUCCUGUCACUUUUAUUAAAAUCAUUACUGUCAUCAUUAGUAUUGUUUAACUUGUUGUAAUGGCUGUGUUACUUUAUUUAAAAUUAUCUCUGUGAUUAAUAUAUAGAUUUAGCCAAGCCUAAAAGCGGAGCUCGCAUUUUUUUUUUUCCGCACGUCUCAAGGGCACAAUGCCUUGCCCCAGCCAGGACUAGAACCCAGGUUGUCCGACUCGGAGCCCAGUGUACUGACCACUGGACUACUGGACAAAGCUGUGGCAUUGGCGUGCCUGUGGUACAGUUGACCACACAUGUUAAAAGUAGCACCUUGUAUGGUCGUACGGUCGUACAACCAAAUUUUUUCGGCUCAAUGGUUAACUACUAUUUUGUAUAAUUAUGGAGCUAUGCCCUGCGAGCUCCGCUAUUAGAAUUGUCAUAAUUAUAUAUUACUACUUAAUUAUUACAUGAUCAGAAUUCUAAUAUAUUAAUAUGGUUUUAAAAACUAAUGAUAAAAUUUCACCUUACACAGGUGCUGCACUACAGGAGUACUCAAGAACACGAAAUAAGGAUGUUGAAGCUAUGUGUGAUUUAGCAAUGUACAACUACAUAGAGGUAUUCUGUCAAUUUUACAUCAGUGACACACAUGGCUGCAGCAGUCUGCCUCUUUUUGUUUUUACCACAUUUCUGCAUCAUUUGUGCCCCAUCACUGAAAAGGUGCAUGGCAUAAUGGAAUCUAUUCGUCAAUUAUUUAAAUUAAGUGUAUUAAAAGUAAUAGCUUUUAGAGGUCUCACACAGUGUUUCUUGCAGAUGAGAUCCUUGGUGACAUCUCCAGUUUUCCUUAUGAAGAAGAAACUGUUCAACUUACUCCACUGGCUGAUGCCAAAAACAUUUAUUCCCCUUUAUACCAUGGUAAGUACCAUAAUGGAUCUUUCUCUAGCCAGCAGCAAUGGUGCUAUUUUGGCUAGCUAGUGCUUAAUAGUUUCUUGGUGAAAAUCAUAGCUGCCAUCGUUGAAUUUUCCAGCAAGGAAAGGCUAGGAAGAGUGGAAGGGGAAGAACUUUGUACCAGGGGGGUGGGUGAUAGUUGAUAAGAAGGAGAGGGGAGGGUGUGGGUCUUUCCUAGCCCCUUCCUGCUCUGUCCACUAAAAAUCAAAGCGGGCUGGGCAGAUAAACCAUCAGGAGAUUACCUAAUAUGAUGGUUGCAUUACAGGCUAGUCAUUUUCAAAACCUUGCAGUCUGUUUCUGAAGUGUUGUUCUGUUACACAAAUACUUUGCUUCUUCAGGUGUCGUUUUCUCAGAUACCUUACAAGACUGUCAUUGACAGAUCAGAAUGGCAGGAAAAGGUCAGUACUCAGAUACAAAACUUUUCAAUUUUCUUUUUUUCAUUCUCAAGAGUGGACUCAAAAUUCUUCUUGCUGACUACCAAAAUAAAACUUUGUUCCUUAACCCUUUACACCCUAACAUCAGCAUGCAUAUUCUCCAUACUGUUCUUAAUAUAUUUCUUAAGGUACUGACAAGGAGAAUUUGUUAAACAAUCAAGAGCUCCUUUCAUUGUUGAUUAUUUCUCUUAUUCUUGUGACUUUAAUGAGUGAUUCUGGGGUGAUAUUGUAAGGAGAAAUUAGAUGCUGGUCACUCUUAGGAGGAAAAGGGUUAAGCAUGACUGUUCUAUUAGCACUGGGAAGUUGUCCUUUGAUGUUAGUCAUCGCUUGUAUUUGAGAGGUUGCAUGUCUGUCACUUCAGAAACAACAGGUUUUACAUUGAAAAUUAAUCUCAUUCUGUCUGUCAAAGGGUAAUCAUUGGAUCUUGUAGCCCCUGAUGCAAUUAAGUAAACACCUCACAAAGACUGUUUAGAUAACAGGGUGGACUGAAAAUGGUGCCCAUAUUUGAAUUAUUAUUGUUUCAGGUUGUGAAGAGGACUGUACUCAUGUCAGCAUUGAUGGCUGGAAUUGGUGGAUCUUUAAUGGCACUGAGAAUAGUGAAGAAAGACAUCAAAUUGUUUUGAAAAGUUAUUUAAUAACUGUAUGAUGUAUGAAUUAUUUAAAUAGUACAUAAUUUAAGACGAUGGGUGUUUUCUUUGAAAUAUGUUAUGACUGGGAGAUUUCUAGAUGAACCUAGACUGCUGAGUUCAAGCAUUUAACUCUUUUCACCCUAACAUCAGUAUGCAUAUUCUCCAUACUGUUUUCUAGACAUUUCCCAAGGAGCUAGCUAGGAGAAUUUGUUGAACAGUCAGGAGCUUCUUUACUUAGGGAUCAUGUCCGUUAUUCUUUUGACCUUCAUGGGGUGACUUUAUAAGGAGAAGUCAGCUGCUAGUCACUCUUAUGAGGGACCAAGACAGACUUUCUCCUUACGAUAUCAAUACAAUAUCAAGCAGACAAGUAAUAAGAAUAAAGAAAGAUAUCAGUCAGGGGAUUACAAGUUGAUCCAAUGACAAAUUCUCCAAACUAACAUCACAAGAACUGUAUGGCAGACAGUAAGGAGAAUUAUUACUAAUGAGAUCUUGGGAGUUUAAGGGUUAAAGGGUUAAAAAUCAAAAACCACCAAGACAAAAAUUACAGUUCACACUUCAAGUUAAGCUGUGUAAUAUUCAAAAUACAUCAAUAUUAAAAAAGAACAAUUUUGAUAUUUAAUUUUUUGAAUGUUUAAGAACAAUUUGUAUGCAGGAAAUAUACUCCUUUGAACUGGGUGAUUUUUUUCUUUUUUUUUUCUCAUCACAAGGCUCUGAAGAUCAUAACUUUUUAAAAUGUUACGUUGUGUAAUAUUCAAAAUACAUUGAUAUUUAGUUUGAAUGUUUAAGAACAAUUUUGAACCAUCUUGGAAUUUUGACAAUGGAAUCGUUCAUAUGAAUCAAUUGCAUGUCAUAGAAUUGCAAGAAUCACUAUAGCAUUUGCAUGUGGGAACAUUAUAAUACUCUAACAAAAUUGUAUGACUGGGUGAUGGGAUGUAGUUUAAAAUGCUGAUAGAGUGAAAUGGUCAAGUGAUAAAGAGACUUUCUUAGAAGUUGCGUGGUUCUCAUCACAAGGCACUGAAGAGCAUAACUUUUUAAGAUGUUAUGUUAUGUAAUAUUCAAAAUACAUUGAUAUUUUGUUUGAAUGUUUGAGAACAAUUUUGAAAUAUCUUUGAAUUUUGACAAUGGAAUUGUUCAUAUGAAUCAAUUGCAUGUCAUAGAAUUGUAAGAAUCACUAUAGCAUUUGCAUGUGGGAACAUUAUAAUACUCUAACAAAAUUGUAUGAUUGGGUGAUGGGAUGUAGUUAAAAAUUCUGAUAAAGAUACUUAGAAGUUGUGUGGUUCUUAUCACAAGGCACUGAAGAACAUAACUACUUAAGAGGAAAAUCAAAAAUAAAUAUAAUCUUCAUGGUUUCCCUGGUUUUAGAAUAACUAACAUGUCACACAUCCACAGUCAAUGGUUACAUAAUUAAAAGUCUGUAGAAGCUGAGACUGGGGCACACAACUGGAGCUCUUUCCAGUUUCCUUGUCAUGAGGAACUGAUCCUUCAGGAGUGACCAAUGAGGAAUUUCUCCUUACAAUGUAAAUACAUCACUCAGAAAGGUUACAAGAAGAAAGAAAAAAGUCAGCAUGAGGCCAUUUACCAAAUCCUCAGAGCUACAAUUACAAAAAACAAUUAAAGGAUGGAGAAAAGAAUUGAUAUUGAGAUCUGAGGGCAAGGUUGACCUUUUCACUUUCAAGAUGAAAACAUCAAUUCUCUGCACAGUCUCUGAUAUAUUUCUCAUGAUUUUUGUCUUUGGGAAUUUGGUAUUAGAUCAAACAAUAUUUUUAAAUUUAU